AUGUUCUUCAUACUAUGGAUACGAGCACCGUCCAUCGACGAUGUAGUUCUGUACUGUAGGUGGUCAGACAGCGUCAACGCACAGGAACUUGCUUACUCGUUACAGCUCCAGCAAACGAAGCGAUCGAAUCCAUCCGGCAUCAUAAGAUUCAACGGAACUCUGGGCACUCCUUCUAUAUAUCGUGGCAGCCCGUCUCCAGAAAUCGAUGCCACUUGGGAUAGGGUAGCUUUGAAUGCGCGUCAAAUCCGUAUGACCCGUGAGCAACUGCUCAGAACAGGGGAGAAGCCUUCUCCGGCCAUGGUCAGGUACCCGGAGGAAUACGGCGGAGGUUACACGACAACUGUAGAAGUCAUUCACCAGCUCCAUUGCUUAGACAUGCUUCGCAGAGCCAGCUGGGGUAAUCAAUCCGUGGGUCAUGGCGCUCACGAAUCCCCCCAAUCCCUCCAAGAGUUCCGCGUUCAUCUCGAUCACUGCAUCGAAAUGCUGAGGCAAAUCACCAUGUGUCGUGGCGACGUGACAAUGCUCACUUACGACUGGGUCAAGGGUGUGAAAAAUCCUUUUCCUAACUUCAACGUUCCUCACCGAUGCAGAAACUUGGAGAAGGUCUUUGAUUGGGUUGAUGAGCAUCGUGUUUUUAUCCCUAAUUCCAAAGUGGUGCGCUUGGAGGAUAACGUGGACCUGCCUUCCCCUCCUUGAUUGUAGUCUCGAUAUAUUCCCAGUGACGGCUCUCGCGUAGAUCACGAUAUGAUGACGGUAACAGUUGAAAGUCAAAUUGAUUGAUCAUAGAACUGCACCACGAGGUCGGAAACGAGCAAGAAGCCAGCGCAGUAUCAAGCACAUAUUUU